AUGGACUACUGCUUCACGGGCUCUCCGUCACAGUCACCACACCAAUCCUUCUUCACCGCUGGACAAUACUUCGACAGCACCUCCGAGAGCUCUAGUCCCAAUUCACCUCACGUGAGCAAGGCUCGUUUCCUGCUGGAAGACGAGCGCACUGACUGGCUCCAGCACACAAGCCGAAUGAAGCUCAACGACGCGUCCAUGACUUACAAUAUUAUCCAGUACGGCACGACGCCCUCCAACUUCUAUUCUCCAACAUCAACAUCCAGCAUCUCUGCCCAGUAUGACAACGGAAAUACACCAGAUCAGCCGGAACGGGGAAAGCGAAGGUCAGGCAGCACCUCAACUAGUGCAAAAGGCAAGGAUCAGAUCACUAGUAUGCAUGUGAGACGUCGAGCGCAGAAUCGAGCGUCGCAAAGAGCUUUCCGAGAGCGCAAAGAAAAGCACCUCAAAGGCUUGGAACACCAACUAGAAGACCUCCACGAGAAGCAUCAGGACCUUUUGCAGUCGUACACCCGACAGGCGGACGAAGUCACGAAAUUGAACAACCGGAUUGCCGAGCUUACUGCUGAAUUGGGCACUCUACGAUCAUGUCAAGAUCAAUCUUUUAGCGAAAUGCUCAUACCUGACAAGUUCGAUAAGUUCGACGCUUUUGGAGCCCACGACAUGCUCUACAACAGAUCCGACAGCUAUGCCGACGGCACCGCACUAGAUUUCGACUCCGAGUUCCCCUUGGACUCGCUUGGAGGCUCACUGUGA